GUUGCGUCCCAUGCCGCGACGUGACAGGAUAAAUGCUACCAAUUGCUGGAGCUGGGGGCUCGGGCAUUGUGGCUGCUGCCUAGGCCUAGGCAUGCAUGCACAAUGAGGAGCAAACGACUUGGUGUGAUGCAAUGAUGUUAUGUGAGUGGGUGUUGCGUACAGGAUGCUUCUUCCGUUUGUCUUGGGUGGAUAUACCAGAUGUCCUUCCAUGCCUGUGGACUUUGUUUCAUCAAGACAAAGCCUAGAAGACGACCCCGCACCGUUCUUCGACCUAUUCCAACGAGAUUUAAGGUGUGGAAAGCGAACAGCGAAGGCGACAUAAUAUGGCUUCCAACAGCAUGUCGUUGCUGGAUGGAGUAGGCUACGACUCGUCUGCGGGCAUCAACCAGACCGACAAGAACCCUACCGCCGCCCAGCAUGAGGAAAAAGACAAUACUUCCUCUGAAGAUGCCACCAAGAAGGAUACCAGCAGCGGCGAUCCAGCCGACCCACAAGCCCAGCAACACCCCACACAAGAUCGCCGUCUCAGCCGUGAAUGGGAUGCAUCCAAGGUUCCGCCAUCCCAGUUCCAGCGACCGCAGGGAAGUAUCUUCGCUACGCCGAGUACUCGAGAUGGGCAUGUUGGAGGUGCAGACAGGGACCAGAAGUACUGGGAUAAGAUGAAGGAGAAGGGCUGGCUUCCUGGGAGCGACAAGAACAAGCUUGAGCAAGAAAUUCCAAUAUCUCGGCCCGCAGACCGGCCCAUUGAGGAUGAGAGUAGUGUUAAAGAGAAAGUGCCGUGGUGGUCGUACAUCUGGGACCAUGAGCCUGGCAGGACAGAGGAAGAGCGCAGAUUCAUUUCAAAGUUGGACGCAUAUCUGAUUACCUUGCUGUCGCUGGGUUACUUCAUCAAGAAUCUGGACCAGACUAACAUCGCGACUGCGUUCGUUAGCGGUAUGAAGGAGGACCUGGAGAUGAACGGGAACGAAGUCAACCUGAUGGAUACUGCGUGGACGGUGGGAUACGUUCUUGGUCAGAUUCCCUCUCAGAUCAUCAUCACCAAGGUGCGCCCGAGCAUCUGGGUACCUAGCUGCGAGCUCGUGUGGACCCUGUUGACAUUCUGUCUCGCAGCGGCAAAAACAUCCAAACAAGUCAUUGCCAUCCGCUUUUUCGUCGGACUGGCGGAAAGCAUCUUCUAUCCGGCUGCACACACCAUACUGGGAUCGUGGUAUAAGCCCUCGGAGCUAGGAAAGAGAGCGUGUAUAUUUCACGCGAGUUCGGCUGCAGCGGGCAUGUUUUCAGGAUACCUCCAAGCAGCGGUGUACAAAGGUCUCAACGGUGCACGUGGCUUUGCAGGUUGGCAAUGGCUUUUUAUUAUGGAUGGGAUCAUCAGCGCGCCCAUCUGCAUCGCGGGGUUCUUCCUCCUUCCAGAUCUGCCAGAGAAUACACGCGCCUUCUACCUCAACGAUAGCGACCGCACUCUCGCGAGGCAGCGCAUGUUAUCCGCCGGCCGCGCUCCCCGUACCCGUCUCGGCCGCUCGGCGUUCAAGCGCAUCUUCGGAAGAUGGCACGUCUACCUCCUAACCAUCUUGUACAUCAUCUUCAUCAACACAGGCCCUGGCGGCAGCGUGAAUCCCUUCUCGCUCUGGCUCAAAAGCGAGCACUACUCUGUCGAAAACAUAAACAUUAUUCCAACCGCCGCCGCUGCCAUCCAACUCGUCCUCACUGUCGUCUUCGCCAUCAUAUCCGACGCUGUCCGCCGCCGCGCACCCAUAAUGACCCUCUCCACGCUGUUCGGCUUCUUCUCUGCCCUCUGCCUCGCUAUCUGGCACAUUCCCUCGGGCCUCAAGUGGGCCGCAUUCUUCCUGCAGCGCGCAUCGGUGCCCUACGGCCCGCUUAGCAUGGCGUGGGCGAACGAGAUCUGCGGAAAGGAUGCGGAGGAGCGCGCGGUAGUUAUUGGGAUUAUGAAUAGUUUGGGUUACGCGUUUAAUGCGUGGGUGCCGCUUGUGACGUAUCCGGCAGGAGAGGCGCCGAGGUUCAAGAGGGGGUUUAGGUGGAGUGCUGGGGCAUUUGUGAUGCAGGGGGUUAUUACCGGGUGCGUGGCGUGGAUGUGGGAGAGGGAAAGGCGGCCGGAGGGCGGUAGAAAGCGCGUGGAUGUAGAGGGCGUGGAACGGGGGGCUAUGCUGGCUGAGGAAUGA